UAGUAUUGACAUGUUACUCAUACGAGUGAAAAUUUUAAAACUUUUAAUUAAUCAGAACUAAUUACUUGAAUUAGACAAAAAUUUCUGAAAUGUGAUAAAGAAAGUUGGACUUUCUUUUCAGUAUGCCAUCAUAUCCUGUAUAAUUAUAUUUACUUUUACACUGUCAUUACUGUUAAUACAUAGUACCUGUAAAGUAUCUGUAUUUAAUACUAUGUCUGAUAAUAGUAUACGAUAUGAAUUACAUGAAUGCGUUUUUAAAAAUGAUGUUCGUAAAGUAGCAGCUAGCUUAAGGACACAUGAUGUUGCUCAAAAAGACAUGCAUGGCAAUACACCUCUCCACAUUGCUAUUAUGAAAGGUCAUAAAGAGUGUGUUCAAUUGCUUCUUGCACAUAAUGCUCCUGUCAAAGUAAAAAAUAAACUGGGUUGGAGUCCUAUUGCAGAGGCAAUAAGUUUUGGAGACCGACAAACAAUAUCAUCCUUGAUCCGGAAAAUGAAAUUGCAAUCCCGGGAAGCUAUUGAACUCAGAAGACCUGAUUUAAUCAUGGCAUUAAGUCAAAUGGGAGAUUUUUUCAUGGAAUUAAAGUGGGAUUUCCAAAGCUGGGUUCCAUUGGUUUCUAGAAUAUUGCCCUCAGAUAUUUGUAGAAUACACAAGAAAGGAUCUAAUAUAAGGUUAGAUACAACCCUUGUGGAUUUUAGUGAUAUGAAGUGGGAGAGAGGUGAUAUAAGUUUUCUUUUUGUCGGUGAUGCUAAGCCUUCCCAAUCACUGGUUGUCUUAGACAAUAAAUUGAAAGUUUUUCAAAAAAUGCGUUAUGAGGAAACUGAAGCUGAAAUUGAGGAUGAAGUUGACAUUUUGAUGAGUAGUGAUGUUGUUGCUGCACAAAUAUCCACAAAAUCAAUCACAUUCUCUAGAGCACAGUGUGGAUGGCUGUUUCGAGGGGAUCGAACUGAAAUGAUUGGUCAUUUUUUGGCUGAUGUUUACAUUAUAAAUGGGUUAAUACUAGAAUCUAGAAAAAGGAGGGAGCAUUUAACUGAUGAAGACUUGCACAAAAAUAAAGCAAUAUUUGAGAGCUUCACUAAAAGUGGGAAUCUAAUACUAGAUAAUUCUGAAAAUCAGAGGCGGAAAUCUCUUGCUCCUCCCAAAGUACGUCCUCUUUCUUGGGAAGAAUAUAUCAAUUCUGAUAAAUAUUUACAUAUUGGGAGACCAAUGAUUUGCAAAGAAACGGAAAAACACUUCAAGGCAACCUUAGCAAUGUCCGAAGAUUUUCCAUUGUCAGUGGAAUCUUUGCUUAAUGUGUUAGAAGUCAUUGCUCCUUUCAAACAUUUCAAGAAGUUGAGAGAUUUUGUACAAAUGAAGCUUCCUGUCGGGUUCCCUGUCAAGAUAGAUAUUCCCAUUCUGCCUACUGUGACUGCCUGCAUCACAUUCCAGGAUUUUCAGUUCAGUGUGGGAAUUCCAGAUUCAUAUUUUGAAAUUCCAACAGAUUAUCAAGAAGAUCCUUCAAGAUUUCCGGAUUUAUGAUUACCGUUCUCAUUCUCACUGCCCAUAUCAUUUGAACUUGAAUUGAUGAUGAUGAUAAUGUGAAAAAAUAAAAAUCUAGUAAUCUGCAAUUUUUCUGCACUCAAAUUAUAUCACAAUGUACAUCACUUGAUUAAUACGUGACACGCUCAAUCAAUUUUAAUUUUACAAGAACUCUCUUUUAUAUUGAACUCAUCUGGCCAUAUCACAGGUCAAUUAACAGAAUAUUUUUCAAUAAAGAACUUUGCAAUAUUGUGAAUAAUUACAUCUUGGAAAGUAUAUUUUCGCAAUAGAUCAAUCUUGCAUUUGCCUUUGCAGAAAAUGAAAGUGAUCACAUGCUUCUUCAUCAGCAUUCAUAUGCAUACUUCUCAAUUUGAUUGUUUUUGUUGAGAAACCGCAA